UACAGUGUAACAUUCUUACCCACAAUGCCUUAUGGUCGGUGGGCUUUAGAGAAGAUGGUGUUGUAAAGUCUAAGUAACGCAGGGAUGCCUUAUUUCUGUUGCAGGGGCAUCUUUUUGGAAUCGCUUUUAAAGUGGAAUUUGGAAGACAUAUUUAGCAUGCAGUUAGCCUAAACUUUCUACAAAAUGGAGAAAGAGCAGCGAAACGUAAUAGCCUUCAACGCCUCCAAAAAGGAGCUGUUCACGGCUAGCAGUGGCUACAAGUCCCUGCAGAAGAAGUUACGGGCACAGUGGAGGAUUCAGAGUAUUAAAGAGGAGCUGUCUUUGGACAAGCUCAGUGGUGUGCAGUUAUGGAUCACUGCGGGACCAAGAGAGAAAUUCACGGCAGCCGAGUUAGAGGUUCUCAAGCAGUACAUCAGUGGUGGAGGACAUAUCCUGGUGAUGCUGGGUGAAGGAGGGGAGGCAAAGUAUGACACUAACAUUAACUUCCUUCUCGAGGAGUUUGGAAUAAUGGUUAACAAUGAUGCUGUGGUGAGGAAUGUUUAUUACAAAUACUUUCACCCAAAGGAAGCACUUGUCUCCAAUGGUGUGUUGAACAGAGAGAUCAGCCAUGCAGCUGGUAAAACGAUAACGGGGGUCAUAGAUGAUGAAAGCACAGGAAACAACGCAGGGUCUCUCACAUUCGUCUAUCCUUUUGGAGCGACAUUGAAUGUGAUGAAGCCGGCGGUGGCUGUGUUGUCCACUGGCUCUGUCUGCUUCCCUUUGAACAGACCCAUUCUUGCCUUUUAUGAUGUCAAGAUGGCGGGUAGGCUGGCUGUUCUAGGGUCAUGCCACAUGUUUAGUGAUCAAUACUUGGACAAGGAGGAGAACAGUAAAAUCAUGGACGUUGUCUUCCAGUGGCUAAUGACCGAUAGCAUCCACUUGAACCAGAUAGAUGCUGAGGACCCUGAGAUUACAGACUACACCAUGCUGCCAGAUACUGGGUGUCUAUCGGAGCGACUACGGGUGUGUCUGCAAGAGGGAGAUGAGAACCCCAGAGAUUUCACCUCUCUCUUCGAUAUGUCUCUUUUUAAGUUGUCCACUGACUCUCUGCCUCGUGUUAUCAGCACCUACAAGCAACUAAAUGUGAAGCAUGAACCACUUCAGCUGAUCCAGCCUCAAUUUGAGACACCUCUGCCCGCACUUCAGCCAGCAGUGUUUCAGCCAGCCUUCAGGGACCUUCCCCCUCCAAUGCUUGAUCUUUUUGAUCUCGACGAGACUUUCUCAUCUGAGAAGGUCAGAUUAGCACAGCUGUCCAACAAAUGCACCGAUGAUGACCUGGAGUUCUAUGUCCGCAAAUGCGGGGACAUCCUAGGGGUAACUGGAAACCUGCUUGGGGAGCAGAGAGAAGCCAAACACAUCCUUGAACACAUCUUCUUCCAGGUGGUGGAGUUCAAAAAACUCAAUCAGGUUGCUCUAGAACAAGAUCAUUCCUCAAAACUGGACAAGGGUCAAUUCUAGUUUCAUUCCAACUAAACUAGGAGCAUGAGAUUGAUACAGCAGAAGCAGCAUUUUCGCCAUUCUGAAGGUUGUGGGGGAAAAAGCUUGUCAUUCUUCCAGCAGCGGCAGAAGGACACUAGUUUGUAUAAAGGCAGAAUUUAUGCUCUAUUAAAGUUGUUAGCUUCCGAACCAUUUUGUAACCAAAACACUAAAGGCCUUUUCAUUUGAGCAGUUAGUGUAAAUUGUGUAUGUCAGAAUGCUAAUCUUGUAAAAAAAAAUAAAAAGAUUGAUGUUAA